AUGUCCGGAGAAGAUCGUCAAUCCCGAUUACCAUUGAAAGAUGUGCCUUUGGAUCUUCAAGAGAAAAUUGUUGAACUCAAUGGAAAUCCCAAUUUAAAUCUUUACAAGGUUUUAUCGAAUAAUCCAAUUUUAUUAUCAUCAUGGAUCGAUUUUGCGUAUUCAUUACGACGAAAUUGUACAACAUCUCGUCAACUUCGUGAAUUGAUGAUUCUUCGUGGUGCUCAACUUUGUCAAUCUGAAUACGAAUGGUUUCAACAUGAACAAAUGGCAAAACAAUGUGGAAUAUCAGAAGAAAAGAUAAAUGCAGUCAAACAUUGGAAAACAAAUUCUCUUUUUGAUGAAAAAGAAAAAGUUGUUUUAGAACUUAUGGAAUCAUUGGUUUUAAACAAAGGAAAAAUUACUGAUCAAUUCGAUGAAAAAUUGAAAAAAUAUUUUACAGAAUCAGAAUAUUUAGAAUUAAUAUUAACAGGAAGUUUUUACAUAAUGGUUCCAACUGUAUUAGAAACUUUACAAAUUCCAACAGAAAAGUGA